AUGGCAGAGCAAGAUAUCUACGGCGGUAAACUCGCCAAUCAUUCUCCCUCCCUCCCAAGAGGCAUAUUCACCGGCUCCGGUGCCGAGCAAGACAUUUACGCCGACAAACUAGCCGGUCACACGCCCUCUCUUCCCCACGGGGCAUUCACCGGGUCCGGGGCCGAACAAGACGUCUACGGCAGUAAAUUCGCCGACCCCUCUCUCCCCAGACCUUCGUUCGCUGGAUCUGGCGCCGAGCAGGAUAUCUAUGGCAGUAAGUUUGCCGGGCACUCUCCGUCUCUGCCUCGGGCUAGUUUCGGGGCAUCUGGCGCCGAACAAGAUGUCUACGGCUCGCAUUUCAACCGCACCGCGUAUCAAGGUCUAGGCACUAGCGUGCUGGGACUACUGCACUCCGCAGUCCUGCCGUCUUUUAGUCUACACGCUGGACUUUCCACGGUAGCGUAUGGACUUUCGCGGUAUGCGGAUAGAAUUGAGGGGAAGGAUGUUCUCUGGGCUUCUGGAAUGACGCUGAAUGCUUGGUGGAGCGCUAUUGGCUCCAAGUAUGUUUACGACAAUGCUGCGCCUCUUGAUGCGUGGAACAGUCUCGGUUAUUCGCAGAAACUUCUUCUCGCUGGUGUUACGGCUUGGGGAGUCAGACUUACUUCACGCGUUGUGUCGCGAAGCUUGAAGCGUGGCAAGGAUGAUCCUCGGUAUGACGCUAAGAAGAAGGAUCCUGGGUUCUGGAACAAAGCGCUCUUUACCACUUUCUUGCCCGAGGCUGUUGCGCAGACUAUCAUUUCGCUUCCAUUCACAAUUCCUUUCCGAGCUGUGGCCGAGAGUGCCGUCGCUUCGCCUUUUACUUCUAACGGAUUCGUUUUCCAUUCUCUAGCCGUCUUCUUGUUCACCACCGGUUUCGCUCUUGAGACCUUGGCCGAUGCCCAGCUCGAGUCCUUCAAGAAGGAUGACACCGCUCAAGGUAUCAACAAAGAAGGCGUUUGGAGCAUUGUUCGACACCCCAAUUAUCUUGGCGACACCCUAAUCCACGCCUCGUUCCCCAUUCUUCUCCUUGGCGCCGGCAUUCUCCACCCUAUCGCUGCUGUCGGCCCAAUCGCCAACUACCUCUUCCUGCGUUACAUCGGGGGUGAUAGAGAGAAUGAAGAGAGUCAAGCUGAGCGAUACUCCAAGAACGAUGCUAUAAAGGCACAGGAGUUUGAAGAGUACCGCCAGCAGAAGAACAGCUUCUGGCCCAAGGUGGAGGAGUUGAAGAACGGCUGGACGCUUGGAGUGUUGGGGGUUGGUGUCGCUGGCGUUGUUCUUGAGAGAGGACUGCGAAACACGAUUUGA